CCCCGGCUCCGCGUCCGCACAGCGGCUCGGGGAGCGGCCAUGGCGCAGCAGCCGGGCCGGAGGCAGGAGUGGGCAGGUGCCGUGGAUGUCCCAGAUCCGGAGGAAGAAGAGGAGGAGGAUGUGGGGAACACGGCUUCCAUGGAAGAGGACGAGAAAGAGCUGGACCUGACGGACCAGGAGAUGGAAGACCUGAGGGCCCAGAUGCUGCAGCUGCUGGAGGAGCUGGAGGAGACGCGGGAGCUGGCAGUGAAACACGAGGACGACUCGCUGGAGCUACAGGGCUUGUUGGAGGACGAGCGACUGGCCAGCGCCCGGCAGGCCGAGAUCUUCACCAAACAGAUCCAGAGGCUUCAAGCUCAGAUGCGCACGCUGAAGGAUGAGUUCAGCUCCCUGCAGGAGACGAAGGCAUUGGAGCUGGAGCAGGUGGAGCGGGAGCUGCAGGAGGCCAACGAAGAGAUCCACGGCCUGCGGCUGGAGGCGGAGGAGGUGGCGGCCAUCCACGAGAACGAGAUCGCUGCCCUGCAGGAGCAGCUGUGCCGGCUGCGAGCCGAGCUGCAGCGCGUCCAGCAGGUCCGUGAGGCGUACGAGACGGAGAUCACCGCCCUGCGCGCCGAGAUCACGAUGAAGGGCAGUGGCCAGGCCCGGGCCGAGGGCCGUGCUGACGAGGUGGCUAUGCUCCAAGAGGAGCUGCUGGCCCUGCGGGAGCAGUACCGGGACCUGAUGGAGGAGUACCAGACCCUGCAAGAGAGCAACAAGAUCAUGGUGCACCAGCUGGAGAACCUGGAAGCCCAGAAGUACAGAUCCAGGAGCAGGUCAGAAGAGUCUCGCAAGUCGACGGAGUCAGACGUGACCCAUCCCCAGGUGCGCCGGACCCCCUCUCCCCAGCGCGCCAGCCCCCGCCUGAGCGGCAGCGUCUCCUUCAAGACGGUGGACGACACGAGAACCAUCAGCGCCCCCAGCCGCAAGAAGGAACCGCUGAGCCAGGCCGAGGAGUGCGACACCGAGCUGAGCCUGCGCUUCCAGCUGCAGAGUGAGGAGGAGAAGGUGCAUCUGACCCAGAGCAAGUGUGACAACAUGCAGACCGAGCUGCGGGAGCUGCAGCGGCAGUACCAGGCCAUCCAGCGGGAGCGCCAGCAGCUGCAGGAGGAGCUGAGGCUGUGCCGGGCGGAAAUCCAGAGACUCAAAGGCACCGUGCCCGCUGACGGGCGGAGCCGCCCCACCCCCGACGCCCCCGUGAUCUCCCUCCCCCUCAUAGGACUGGUUGUUAUAGUGGCUCUGCUCUGGUGCUGGUGGGCCGAGACCUCUUCCUAAUGCCGCUCAGGUCCCGGCCGGGGGGCUGAAGCCCAUCAUCCUCUUUGCAGUAGCUGCAGCCGUCUUGCUGCUGUACCCCUGCCUGAAGCGGUCCUGUGCCAGCGCCG